UUAACAAUCAUUUUUAAAUUUAAAAUAAAUUCUAAAUGUGUCUUUGAAUUUUCAUAAUUAUUAUUUUCUUUUUGUGAGUUUUUAAUAGUUUUACUGAUAAUAAAACUAUCUAUAGCCAGUUGAAAGUGAUACCAACUAGGUAUCUAAUAAAAUAAAGCAUUGGAACGCACCUUCAUCUGGAGUACUGAAAGAAAAUCAUGAAUUUUUGAAAUUCACAUUUUUUUGUGUCAGUGUCAUUUGAUUUCUCUAUUCUAAAUUCGUAUUAGAAAUAGGGAGCAGAGAAAAUGGAUUUUUAUUAUUUUUUAAUCAGUGCAAAUUAACUAUCAACUUUGCUUCAGAUUUAUUUUUUAUUAUAAAUACAUCACUAAAUUAAUGUAGUAAUCCAUGGUUAGGAGCGGAUUCUUUGGUGCGAUCUAAUAAUAAGUAAUAUAGUUAUUUUAUUUUAGUGCACAAUGUAGUUAAUACCUGGGAUGUUUUCAAUGUAUGAGUGUUUGUAUUUUUAUCUCAAUUUGUCAAGGACAUGUUUAUAAUAAAUCAUCGCUACUCAAACCAUUCGUCAAAUUCUACGGGCUACGGAUCAUGCUCUUCAACGGGCGAUGAACACUUGACCUUACGAUGGAGCAUCGAGAUGGAUGGGGAGGCGGAGAUUUGGGUGCAGCCGAGAACAGUACCGAUCGCUUACAAGCAGAUCGUGAUCGGGUGCGCAUCGAAUUUUAUGCCACUUAUGACGUCAUGACCGGUGUGCGCAUAGCCGCUACUUUGGGCGGCUUUUUCGCGCUAAUGGUAUUUUUGAUUGUUUAUAAAAGUCGAAGCAAAUCGGUGAAGGCUCUUAACGAUCCAAAGUUAGUAGAACUAGCUGAGGCGGUGGUUGCGGAGGAACAGGCAGUAGAAGAAGAGCGACAGUUAACGGCGGCUUUGGAAGAGGCUCUAUCAGAACGGGCACGUUCCCGGCCUUCUAUAAGUGAAGAGCCUCCUUGGCCUCGAACUUCCCGCUUCGCGUCAUAUGGAGGUGGCUAUGGCAGUUUAUUAGCUCCACCUCGUCGUUUGUCAACUCUCCGUGGGGAUUCGCUACCAGGAUCUGCACUACGUUUUGCAGAGAGACGUGCCUCAGGAGGAGCACGAGAUCGGCGGUUAAGUUCCGCGACAUGUUCAAGUUCUGGAAGUUCGUAUUUGGAACGUCGUGGUUCGUCAGUGGUGUGCGCUUUACCAGAGCGUCGUUUAUCACCAUGCCCUAGUGAGCGAUUAGCACCACUCGCAUCUGUAGGAAGUGUAGGGCCGUCUUACGCGGUAGAGUGCGAAUUAGUAUCUGUGGGUGCGGACUCUGUGUUUGCUGAAGAUGAAGCAGACUCUACGGAUGAUGAAGUAGAGCAGUUUUCGACGGAUAGUGGUGGCGGCGAAGCAGCGGCACUCGGCGAAAGUACUGAGUUAACAAGUCGACCUAUGCCGCUGCCGCUAAGGUUAGAUCGUGCCUCGCAUUCGCGAGAAACAUUGUUCUAGUCGCUGGCACAUGUUGUCGACUGUUAUAUGUUACUGGUACAUGAAAGUAUCGACUUUUCUUAUUAUAUUUGUUGUUUAUUUCGAAUUGGCAUUUAACAUAUCACACUGAACUUUAAAAUAACAUAUCAUUUAAAGUUACAGGUUGGGACAUCAGUCAGGUACAGAGAGAAAUAAAAAUGGAAACGUAAUGCAUAUACGUGCAGGAAAUGAAGUGUAGGACUUAAAUGAUUUAGAAUUAAACUCUUUUAAGGAUCUCGCGUAAAUUUGCUUCUUUUACAUUAUUAUCGAAAGGGAAAAAGGGAAAAGUCGAUAUUUUAAUGUUUUCAAAAUUAGGAAUAGUAUGUAAAUAGUUUGUUUUUGUUAAUAAAUUGAUGUUUCGCAAUGUUGAUGUUCACAAUCUACGAUAAACUGUAAUUUACGUGUAUAUUUAUAGCCGGAUGUAAAUUAUUGCUCGUUUUUUGCUAACAGCCUAUAGUUGAUCAGUAUGGUGAUGUCGCUCGGACUGGGAACCCAUUUACCAUUUAUUCUUGUGACAUGUUCACCGUUUAGUGUUCUUUGUAAAAGUAUUAGGAAAUAAAGAUCUGCCGAAUUAGUCUUUUAUAGGCGCAUUAAAUGUAUGUACUUACUAUUUAUAGGCAAGUUCAAUAGUUUUCGAAGAAUUUUUAACUUCUUACAACGGCCAUUAUGUUUAUAAAGUUUUCAACUAUACUGGGCUAACUGCCAACCCCACUGAAAGUGAGGUAAUAAUCUGAAGUUUGCCGAUUCAACAUGGUGUUGUAGAUAGUACUUACCUACUUGUUAGGGUAGAUAGUCGUCAGUGCAAAGUCAAUUUGAUAACAUAAUAAAUGUAUUAUAAUUAGUCAAGUAACUACCCUUAAAUGAUUGGAGGGCAUAUAAGACCAAUUCGUCCUGUGAACAAUAAAUAAAGUCGGUAGCGGCCUAAGGUGUAAACAUUGUUCGUACCAAUGUCCUUUUCCAACAAAACUGCCACUGUUCUUGUUUUAAGGACACCAGAAUUUUAUUGAUUCUAGUGUACCGAUUCCGCCGCGGGCCACAGCGGUACGCGGACCCAGUAGCAGAUUGACUCACAUAAGUCGUUUUUAUUGCGAUUAGAUUUACGUGUUAGUUUAUGUAAUGUUCGUUGCUCGAAUUAAAAAGAGCUCCCUGUAGUCUGUAAAACGUUGAAAUGUAUGUAAAAAAUUGUAAAUAUAAAACGCAACAUA